UUGCUUUAGAUUUCGAACCCCAAUGCUCCGGUUUUGCCACUGGAGAUUUCCGCCGUCACUAGCCGCCGGUAGGAUGCUCUUCUCAUCACCACCUUCACUUCACUCCUCCUUCUCCGGCGGCGGUGCGAAUUCGAGCUCAAUCGUUGGAAACUCCAAACCCGAGUUACUAUUCCCUCAAUCACUGAAAUCCACUGUGGUCUGUUCAAACGCCGAAGCUAUCCGACAAAACAUGUCUACUAACAACUCUCAAUGCUUUUCGAGCAGACAAGAAGCUAGUGGUUCGGACGUAAGCUCUCUCGUUGUGGUUUCAUUCUACAAGUUCGCUGAUUUUCCUGACCACGCUGAUCUCAGGAAGCCCCUCAAGGAUCUCUGCGAAGAACUGCGUGUUUCAGGUGGAAUCAUUCUUGCACCAGAAGGGAUCAACGGAAGUAUCUGCGGGAGUCGUGAGUCAGUGGAGAGAGUGUUGGCGUGUAUACAGAGGGAUGUCCGUUUGAAUGGGUUGAGGCAAGUGGAGACACCUGUGAGUCCUGAACAAGAAGCAAUACACCAUUAUGGUGGACAUAGCACUAGCUCUCCUCUUGCAGCUGGUGAAGAUGCUCCCUUUAGAUGGGACCACGUUAGGGUCAAACUCAAGAAAGAGAUUGUUACGCUUGGAAUGCCGAGUGUGUCGCCAAUUGAAAGAGUUGGAACAUAUGUGAGCCCUGAAGAGUGGAAUGAUCUGAUCAGUGAUCCAGAAAUUGUAGUGAUUGAUGUGCGCAAUACCUAUGAGACUAGAAUUGGGAAGUUCAAAGGAGCGGUUGAUCCAUGCACCACAGCUUUUAGACACUUUCCAUCUUGGGUGGAGGAUCAGUUUGCACUAAAGCAACAAGGCAUUGUGGAGAAAGAAGGCAAAGCUGAAAAGGCAAAUACGCUGCCACGGAUUGCAAUGUACUGCACUGGAGGAAUCAGGUGUGAGAAAGCAUCAAGCUUACUUCUAAGCCAAGGUUUCAAAGAGGUGUAUCAUCUAAAAGGUGGGAUAUUGAAGUACCUAGAAGAAGUCCCUAAAACAGAGAGUUUAUGGGAAGGGGAAUGCUUUGUGUUCGACAAGCGUGUGUCUGUGGAACACGGUUUAGCUCAAGGAACUCAUAAACUCUGCUACGGAUGCAAGCAGCCUAUUAGUGAUGAAGACAUGGAAGCUACAGAGUAUGAGUACGGAGUUUCUUGUCCUUACUGUUACUCCGAGAAGUCUGAAGAGGAGAAAGAAAGGGCGAGAGCUAGACAGACGCAGUUUGAGGAAUGGGGCGUGAUUGGUGGUCCGGACAAGGGUCGUCGACCAGCUUCAGCUGCCAAAUCAGAUAGUCAGUCCAAGAAAGAACAAUGAGAAGGUUGGUUUGUCAAAUAUAGAAUGACGUUUUUGAUUGUUGGUGGGUUUGGAUAUUGAUAACUCCUUUUGUUGUUUUUUUUUAUAUUUAAAAGCGAAUGCUGGUCUCUCCAUGAGAGGUGGUUUAACGCAAAUCAUCAAGGAAAUGGAACUGUGUUUUAGCU